CGGGCCACCUGCAUCGUGGCGGCCAACAACCUGCCAACAGUACUUCUUGGGCGCCUGACGACAGCAUGUAAACGCACAGCAGCUUCCUAGUCGCUCACCAUCUCGAGCCAUGUCUUUGCCUUUACAGUUAUCCUAUAUCGCGUUGGAAGGCGCAAAAGAUGUGAAAUCCGUAGAGCUCAACAUCGAUGGCACAGCAUACACUAUACCUCGAAGCCAACAGCGGAGUGACGCUUUUCGCAAAGACCUCGAUGAACCUUUAACGUUCGUUGCGGGGCAGCUCUCCAUUUCCGUACGCCGAAAGAAGUCGCGUCUCCGUUUCUGGCACCAGCCGCCUUUUGAAACCUUCACGAUUGGUUCGGGCGAUGUUCACUCCAGAUUGGAAGGAAAUGUGUUUCAGCAGAAACGGGGCGAGUUACUCAUCACCCUCGGAUUCGCAUCCCAAACCCAAAUAGCCAGUAGAGUUCCGAACCUAAACCCAAUUUCCCCCGCAGAUACCGAUACCGAGAGUCUACAACCAAAUACCGAGCAGUCGGUAGUAGUGCGAAGCGUACCAAUCGAUAUUGCAGUCAGCAGUACAGGCACAUUUCAGACGUCAAACUCCGAAGGUUUACAGCCAACCACUCAGGAACUGAUUGACACUUGUCCUCGCUUUCGAGUCUUGGUAGUUGGAAAGUCGGGUGUAGGGAAGUCGACUCUGAUCAAUCGAAUCUUCGGUCUGGAAGUUGCGCAUGUCGCAAAAGAUCGACCAGGGCAAGCAGCUAUCGAGAAAGAACUCAUUUCACAGGAGAACAACAGAUUCAUCUUGCACGACAGCCGAGGUUUCGAACCAGCCGAAGGCAGCAACUAUGACGUCGUGAAGUCAUUCAUAGAAGAGAGGAAGAGAAUGCCAGAUGUCAAAGAUCAGCUUCAUGCGGUCUGGUUAUGUUUCCAGGUACCAAUUCUAAAAUACGGCGAACGGCUGCUGGAGGACGGUGUGGAAGCAUUCCUGAGAGAAGCGAAGGAAGCCUUAGGGAGCAUCCCGACUAUAGUGGUAUUUACCAAGUACGACAGACUUGUAAGUUUCGUGAGAAAGAAGAAAUCAGCAGACCCUGAGGCGGAGGCAAAACGAUAUUUGCAAACGUAUUGCAUCGAGCCAAUUCAAGACUUCACGGGAGGCACGAACAUCUCGCAUGUUGCGGCUAGCUCGAAACACAAGUGCGAGCGAGGGCUCGAGGAGCUGAUAAACCUCACUCAGGAAAAGGUAUCUAAGAAUUUCGCCUCCCCGGGGAAUGCAGUAUCGCCAGUGCAUUUGGCGGCUGUAGGGGCACAACGAAUGUUACCGACAUUGAAGGUUGAGUUGUCCAUCGAAGUAGGAAAGCAGAGAUACUGGAGGGCAUUGGCUUCCAGCGCAAAUUUCCAGGGUUAUACCAUGCUGAACUGUCUUCGUGUCAUACACACCGACAUCGUGCUAGUAUGGAACUUUUAUGAUCUUGACGAUUAUCUGAAUAGCUCAGAAUUUCAAAAUCUGAUGAUGAGCAUGGUUGAGACUGUUGAUGCGGCCACUAGGUCAACAGCUGAACCUGCCCCUCUCGGACGUAGUGACACGUUUUCCAGCAACCCCAUACCGCUUCUAACUCUAGCGCCUGUGGUCCUGCCAUUCGCUGCCUGCGUAAUCCUGGUCACAUGGGCUUAUGAAACAUAUCAGCGACUGCAAAAAGCUCACCAAAAGUUUAUGGCUUACAUCGUUGAUUUGACACAUGUUCUAGAGAUACUGUUCUUGCACACCGCCGAGGCGAAGGGAAAGAAGCUUACUCGCAGAGCGAUUAAGUUGGCUUUCAAAGCUUACUAUGAAUCGUCGUGGAUGAGGAACGUUCACACGGACAUUAGGCUUUUCGAAGGGCGAAUCGGUGCUCAGGACCCUAUUCUGGAGAGGAUCACAUUCUUAAUCUCUUCCGCUGACGCGGAGGCCAACGUGCGUGCGGCAAUAGAAGGACUCCCACCAUUUGACUCGGGGGUAGAUGAAGAGUGGGACGAUGGUCGGCAAGGUCGCUGAAGCCUGUGUUUCCACUCGGCGUUCCCCUUGAAGUUUUCAUGAUUUCUCCAGUUUUCACUGUUAUCUUGCACUCA